UUUUCACUAACAAUUUCCGGCGGCCACUAACAAUUUCCGGCGGCUGAAAGCAUUCAUGAGACAGAUAACGAUGAUGAUGAUGAAGAGGAUCCGGAGAACUCUUUGGCAAAGCAAAACAGUUCAAAUGGGAAAGAAAUGUCAGAAGAGUAUCUGGAAGAUGAGACCGACAUCUUCCAGAGUGUUGACGAUUGGGAUGUUGCUUGUGGCGAGUUCUGUGCAAUGUCUCCUUGUGAUGUCCUGGAUAUUCCUGAUCCUUCCGGAAAGCAGACACCUGACGAAUGUGGACACAUUCAUAGUAACAAGGCGAAGAAUCUUGAAGGACCGACAAUUAUUUACGUUCCUACAAGAAAGGAGAGUGUAAACAUUGCAAAAUAUCUCUGUGGGGUUGGACUGAAGGCUGCAGCUUAUAAUGCAAAGUUGCCAAAAAAACAUCUGAGACAAGUUCACCAAGAAUUUCACGAAGAUAAGCUGCAGGUUGUUGUUGCCACAAUUGCGUUUGGAAUGGGAAUUGACAAGAAAAAUGUCCGGAAAAUCAUCCAUUAUGGUUGGCCGCAGAGCUUGGAAGCUGUUGGGGAAAGUCACACGGCGCAGCGGAAUGUCACGGUCGUGUUCCCCUGACCUUGUGCGAACCUGUGAGGAAAAUACUUCGACGAUGGCAAGAUAUCAAAGUUGCGAUAACUAAAUGAGACACACAAUUUUUACGUGGAAAACCACGGGACCGUAGUCCACUCAAAAAUCCACUAUAUAAAUGGUAUGAGUACAACCACGUCCUCCCUGUUCAACAGCCUGAACAGAACAGAGAGUCUAGCUACAAAUAGCUAUCUCCAACACAAACAACAACAACAAGAGAGCAACACAAAGCUUCAAAACCGGCAGCAACCAAACGACCUCAGCUCACAAAGAUUCCGGCUU